GAAGGGUAGCUUCGAAAAAAAGGACAGUUUAAAAAACGUGAAUCAAAAUACAAUUUAACUUGAAAAAUAAACAACGGUAUCGAAUAGUAAUAAUUUAAGUUAUUUAUAUAGUUUAGCUGAAUACAAAUUGCCAAAAGAAAAAAUGACGUUAAUCAAAUUGUGAAAGAACACGUUUGCAAAAAUAUAUUUAUAUUAAUAUGUACAGUCCUAGUAAAAUACAAAUUGUGGAUAUUAUGAAGAAUAGUGUCGCAUAGUGCUGUAUUUGCAUUAAUAAUUGUCAGAUUUGUCAUCGCCCUACACAAAACGUUACAUCUGCACAACAUCAAAUAUGUUGCCUCACAAAUACAACAAAGGGAGGCUGGUUGCUCAUACGGUCAAUGGCUAUGGCUUGCAACUGGCGAUCCAGAGGCGCACUUCACAGAAACAGUUGGACUUCCGCCUGGGUAAAGACUUGCCUAGCCACAACAGAGAGCCUACCCAGGAUAACUUGAGAAGCAGCCUUCUUCGGACUGAAGGGAUGACGAUGAGCACUGGCAGACCCCCAGUGAGUCCCAAGCUGGCGUAUGCCAGUGAGUUCGUCAUUCAAGAGAGGUCCGUCCCCCAGGCAUCGAUAUCCCCCUGCCUGGGAUCAUCUGGAGAUGCCUCAGCUCAGAGCUUCAGGUCCAGAGCUCGGCAGGUGUCUCGCAGUGCAGGCACCAGCCCCUCCAACAGCAAUGGAGCCACCAUCAACUCUGCCAAUGAGCAUUUUGUGAAAAGCCUAUUUAAGCCGGGGACCCCUGUCUUUUUACGCUCCCCUGAGGACAGCGCAGCCAACCCUGACCGGCUGGAUCUGGACAGGCGAAAUCUGCUCGUCUGCCCCCUGCUGGAGGGAGAGGAGAAUUUGCGGCUGCUCAACUUACAGCACAACCUGAUCUCUGAGAUCCAGCACCUCUCUCACCUAAAGCGGCUCAUCUUCCUCGACCUGUAUGACAACCACAUCACUGAGAUCUCCGGGCUAUCUGCACUCACCAGCCUGCGCGUCCUCAUGCUGGGCACCAACAGAAUUUCAAGGAUUUCUGGUCUGGAGAGCCUGUCCAAACUGGAUGUCCUGGAUCUUCAUGGAAACCAGAUCUCUAAAAUGGAGAACCUGUCUCACCUGUUGGAGCUGCGAGUGCUGAACCUGGCUGGAAAUAACAUUGUGUGUGUGGAGGAGCUGAGAGGAAUGAACUCACUGACUGAACUCAACCUCCGUCGUAACCACAUCACAACUGUGAGAGAUGUCAGCUAUCUGCCCUCCCUCCAGCGCCUCUUUCUCAGCUGCAACAGCAUCACCAAUUUUGAAGACAUCGCCUGCCUCUCCGAUUCCCUGUCCCUCACUGAGGUCUCCCUGGAUGAGAAUCCCAUAGCUCAGGAGUCAUGGUACAAGCAGACUGCCCUGCGCUACAUGGUGCAACUACGACAUCUGGACAUGAAAAGAAUCACGGACGAAGAACGCCGCAUGGCAUCAGUCAUAGCAAGAAAGGAGGAAGAGAAGAAGAAGGAGGGACACAAACAAGCCAUUCAAAAGGAGAAGCGGCGGCUUGCAAUUCGGAAUGCAGCCUCACAGUGGGAGACUCUAAUUCAUAAGGACAGCAGCACUGCAAAGAGCUUUCUGGAGCUCCCUGCUCAGAAUGGCAGUAAGGAGCAGGUCAGUCCUGUCAACGGGACUCCCACUGAACUCUUCACAGAGGAGCCCAGGGGGUUAAGUCCAGCUGGCAGUGCAGAGAGGUUACCUGGGGGGAGAGAGGGCAGCGAGAGAAGGCCCCGAGCCCCAAGCAGACCCAACAGCCCCCGGGAUGCCAGGUCCUCGGAGGGGGCGGGGGGGCCCAGUGUGCAAUGUCUGUCUGUGUCGGACUCUCAUCUGGCAGAGCUGGAUGGUGAAACACUGAGGCUGUUUGGUCUUGGGGCUCUGGAGGCACUGGAGCGAGGCUGGGGGGUGCAGACUGCGGGUGCCGUGACCGCCAUCGCCUUCCGCUACAUCAACUACGAUGCCAUCGCACCCACCCUGCCCCGAUUACGAGUCAAGUUUCCCAAUGUAACGCACCUGAUCUUUUCUGAGACCAACAUCCACCGGCUGCCCCAGCUGGCCGCUCUGGCUCAGGUCCGGCGGCUCGACCAGCUGACAAUCCACCCUGAGGGCAACCCGGUGGUCAGCUUGGCGCUCUGGAGGUCCUUCGCCAUCUUCCGGCUCGGUCACUUCAACCUGCAGAGGAUCAACGGGGAGGAGGUCACCAUGAAUGAUGUGAUAAUAGCAGAAAGGCUGUUUGGAACUCUGGCUCACAUCACUGCUGCUGAAACUCCACACUAUCGCCUACUCCUGCUGCUGGGAGAAUCCAGGAAGCAUCAGCUGCAGUUCUUGCUGGAUGGCCGAGGGCGACAGGUGGGCUUGAGCCCUGUGGAGCUCUGGGAGAACAGGAAGCUGCUGGGAGAGGGGCUGGGCCGAGCCAUCUUCAACUACCCCAGCAGAGAUGGGGACACGGACAGGAGCGAGAACGCUGCUCACGCUGGCCAGGAGAGGGCGCAGGUGAGCCGGUGCUAUGUGCAGGGGCUGGUUAAGGAAGCAGCAAGCAUCAACCUGAAAGGAGAAUCUCUUCACAAGCUGUGGUCAUCACUGUUCAUGGAGCUGGUCCGAGACAGUGUUGUGGAAAUGAGAGACCGCCCAGCCUUCCGCAGAGGCUGCCUUCAGAGGAUCUCAGAGACCAAAUAACACCCAGCCUGUUCCUCACACCACACUCAGCCCACUCCUCACACCACACCCAGCCCACUCCUCACACCACACUCAUCUUACCCCUCGCUCCACACCACUCCUCGCUCCACACCCAGCCCACUUCUCACACCACACCCAGCUCACUCCUCGCUCCACACCCAGCCCACUCCUCGCUCCACACUCAGACCACACCCAGCCCACUGCGCAGACCACUCCCAGCCCGCUCCUCACACCACACCCAGCCCGUUCCACAAACCACACCCAGACCUCUCCUCACACCACACCCAGCCCACUCCCCACACCACACUCAGCCCACUCCUCACACCACACCCAGCCUGCUGCUUAGACCACACCCAGACCUCUCCUCACACCACACCCAGCCCACUACCCACACUACGCCAAGCCCGCUCCUCACACUACACCCAGCACGCUCCUCACACCAUACCCAGCACGCUCCUCACACCACACCCAGCACGCUCCUUACACCACACCCAACAUUCCACACGACACCCCAAGGACGAAUGUGCCACCUUUUGUUUUUAGUAUCAAAACUUUUCUGAGCAGAAAACAAGCAUACUGUUGUCCGGACAUUAAGGAUUUCUGACAAAGCCAUUAUAAAAUGUCUUCCACUAGUCCUGCUGCUGCUGCUGCUUCUGAGAAAGGACUGAGAAAGAACUCUUGCCUUCACACCUCUCCUUCUGCUAUGUGUUUUGCCCCAGCAAUAUGGAUAACACAGGGUUGUAUGAGCAAUGGCGGGCAGAGAUAUUCACCCCAUUUCAAAAAUUUAACCAGAAAAGUAAAUCUAUUUCAAACAGGUCAGUUUGUGCAAAUGAGACGCUUGAGUGGUACUCACAGAACUUCAGACAUGUCCGGGUAUCAGACCUGUCUGAGCAACAGUAUUCAUGUUACCUUGUAAGAACAUGUUAAAGCAUGCACAGCUAACAAAAUCUGUAUGUAUUACAAUCACUUAGAUCUCACAUUUUCAUAUAUGAAAGAUCCACACAUUGGGAUAAAUCCUCAAAGCUGUUUAUUCCAAUUCGUCAUUUGCUCAUUUUAUUUUUUUUUCAGAAAGGAGAAACACAAUCCAGUAAAGUUACCAAACCUGAAAUAAACAACCAAGACUUUUAAAUCAGGGGCUUGAUGAAGUAACACAUUGGUUCUUAUUAGGGUUAGACGUUUCAUUGGUGUUUUUUUUCUAUUUUGAAUUGUUUUGCUGAUGACAAUUUGGAGUAAAUAGCUUUGCAAG